CAGGCAUGCAGGGGAGCCAUGUUCCACUGGAGGAUGGUGGAAAAGCAAGUCUCCACUUACACUGACUGCUGGAAGGUUGGAUGGCUAUGGAUUCUGAAUCAAAGAACAGUUUCAUAGGAAGCUUUCUUCAGCCACCAGAUUGGAUGCUUCCUGCAGCCUUUGUUUAUAAAGAAUCAAAGAAGUUUGCAGCUGCUGCUGGUAACAGGCCUUCUCUCCCAAAUAAGCAAGCUGUAGUGGCAGCCCUGAAAGCUCUGCAAGAAAAAAUCUGCCGUCUAGAGCUGGAGAAGUCACAGGCUGAAGAUAAACUGUGCAGCCUUUCCAGAGCAGCUGCUCAGUACAGGAAGGUCUUAGAGUAUGAAUCCUACGAGAAGGACACAGCACAUCAAGAGCUGAUGCAACAGAGGAAAGAUGAAAGUGUGCAGUUAAAUGCAGCACAAGCCCGCUGCUCCCUGCUGGAGAAACAGCUGGAUUACAUGAGAAAAAUGGUUUCCAGUGCAGAACAGGAAAAGAAAAUGAUUUUAGAACAACAGGCUCAGCUUCAGAAAGAGGAAGGUCAGAACUGGUUAGAACUGCAUGCAAAACUUGAGAAGCUUGAAAUGCUCGAAAAAGAGUGUCUUAAACUUACUGCUACUCAAAGAAUUGCUGAAGACAAGAUCAAACACUUAGAAGAAAAGCUGUGUAAAGAAGAGCAUCAGCAUAAGCUAAUACAAGAUAAAACAGCUCAGCUUCAAACAGGAUUUGAUAUAAACAGAAUUUCGGUGUCUUCAGUAACAUCUCAACAUGAACCUGAAAAGGAAAAUGGGAAGAACAAAAAACCUAGGAAGAGAAAUCCUACAAUGAAGAAAAUGCAGCUUUUGCAAUUACAUGUAAAAGCUGGUGAACUACCUUUUGUGGCUGGGAAGUCCGUCAGCUCCAGCCAUUCUGUCAGUGCAAACGUACAAAGUGUGUUGCACAUUAUGAAGCAUCGCAAUCCGUGUAUCUCAUCGCAAAGGCAAGGAGGAGCUACAGCUGGAAUUUCAGGACACAGUGCAUUUUCAAAAUCUGUAUCCUCUUGUCCCACAACACCCACUGCCACCAGGAGCUUUUCAGACCUUCUGUUGGCCUUAGAAGAUGAGCUGGGCCAAAUGAGCUCCGAGCAUCAAGAACUUCUGGAGCAGACUCAAGAAUCCCAAGCUCGUGAAGACCUGCAACAGGAGCUGGAUUGCCUUGUAAAACAAAUGGAGAUGAAAGGAAGACAAAUAUCCAAACUGAAAAAGCAUCAGGCUACUGUGCAGAAAUUAAGGAAAAAAACUCAGAAAUUGAAGCAAGGGGCAACUCAUGUCAAACUAAAGUGUGGUGAACAAAAGGAAGCAAGGGGGAAUGCAGUCACUGUAGAGGAAAGUCUGUCUAAACCUUGUCCUGGGCAGAAAAGCAGAAAUUCUCUUCAGUUGCUAAAAGCUGUGAGGAAACUUCAACUAUCUCUGAAAAAAGAUGAUGUCAUCUGAGAACAAUAGUUCUAAAAUUUGCUAUGUUAGAAGUUUUUGAAGUUGUCUGACACCUAGUAAAAUUUUAGUUGUACAAAAUACCUUUUAAAAAUAAACUGCUUACAGUGGACAUGUACAUUCUAAACUGCCUACUCUCCAGUAGGUCAGGUUGUUCACCUUAGAAUUAAUUUUCAUGUAGUGUAGCUCUAACUCAACUACACCUCCUUGUAAUAAAGUGU